AUGGGGCCCAGCCGCCCCACGCCCCGAUGGAGCCCAGCGCAGCUCAAUGGCAGCUCUGCGCAGCAGGAGGAGCGCAGGCUGGAGCUGCAGGCACUGCGUGCCAAACUGGAGGCCGAGCGCCUCCACAACCAGGAGCUGCGGUGCCACUUCGCCGCAGAGAUUUGCAAAAUGAAGGAGGCGGAGGAGAGGGAGCGGCAGCUGCUGGUGCAGCAGCUGCAGCGCGAGUGGGAGAGGCAGCAGGCCCUCGACGUGCAGCGGCUGCAGGAGCAGCAGCAGGCAGCAGCGCGCCACCGAGACCCAGCAGAUGCUGCGCUGGAAGGCGCAGCGCAGGCCCGCGCCAAGCUCCAGGCUGUCCUCAAGGAACUGCGCUGGGAGAUGCAUGGGGACCAGCCUGCCCGCAUCCGCCAGCUGCAGCAUGAGCUGAAGCUGGAGAAGAAGCUUUUCGUCAAGUACAUUGUGGCGGGCUUCGAGGACGAGCAAGAGGACAGCCAGGGAACAAAGGGCCAAGAAGACCAAGAAGGGCCCUUGGGCAAGGCAGAGCCAAAGACGCCAACACGGGCUCAGCCUGCCCAGGACGCACCUCAGCAGGGAGCCAAGGAAAGCUGUGGCUCCGAGAAGGGCAGCAGCCGCCGCCCUGUGAAGGACGCUCACGUCCAGGUUCCAGAACCUUCCGACCAACACAAGGUGCUGCCAGGCACGCUCAGGUGGAUGCUGGAGCAGCACGCCCACCUCCAGCGAGCCAUGAGCGGCCUGGAGAAGCAACGCCAGGCCCUGGAGGCAAAGCAAUGCCUCCUGAGAGAGGCAAGCACCAAGGAAGAGUGCCAGGAGCUCCAGAUGCUCCAGGAAGCCAAGGAAAAACUGGUGGUGCUUACCGAGCAGCUGGAGGAGAAAUGCAGAUCCCUGCUGAAGAUCAUCCACCAGGCCAGCAAGACUCCAGGGCCUCCACCCAGCCAAAGCUCUGCUGAGGCACUGCCACCUUGUGAGAGUGCCCCCAGCCCAAGCGAGGAGGUGCUGGUUGCCCAGCUCAUGCAGCUGAGCAAGGAGAAAAACCGACUGGAGGAAGAAAAUUCUCGCCUCCAAAGGCAGCUGGACGCAGCAAUGGAAGUCCAAGCUGAAAAUGCUGACCUGAAGAAGCAGGUAGAAAAAAUGGCAGAGGAGCAAAACUCUGCCCUGCAACAGGUCAGCGAGCUUCAGGCCCAGCUGCAAGAGGCAGAGUGCCAGCUGAAAGCGCUCAAGGAAAUUGCAGAUAGAGGGCCACAGCUGGAGAGAGAACACCUGGAGACACAGCUGGCGCUCCAGAAGAAAGAACAGGAGCUCGAGAGCUUGCAGAGAGCUCAGGCAGAAGGCAAGAGGCAGCACGAGGAAGCCUCGCAAAUGUUACGAGCCCAGGUCGCCGACCUGGAAGAUCGGUGCCACCAUCAAACCAAACAACUCAAGCUGCUCGCUGAGGAGCUGCAGCGGCUGCAAAGCGAGCAAUCCAGCCCUGCCACUACCCGUCUGCCACAGCUCUCACCUACCCACCCAGCCACCUCCGAAUCCCAACCGGCAGAGGACAGCCCAGGGCCCUGCCUGCCUGCAGAGGAGGGCGCUGCGGAUGAGAGCCAAGAAGCGGAAACUUGGCAGCAGCCCUUCGACCUGCAGGCUUCACUGGGACAAGGACCAGCAAGGAUUCGGAAAUUCCUAGCUCUGAACAGCUAUGACCCUGCUGAUAGUCCCAACAAGCAUCUGGAGCGAGAGCUUCCCCUCACGGCGGGGCAGUUUGUUUAUGUCACUGGGGAGAUGGAUGAGGAUGGCUGGUAUAUAGGAGAGCGGACAGACGGCAGUAGAGGCUUCGUCCCCUCCAAUUUGGUGGAAGAAGUGUUUGACGACCUGAGCUUGACAGCAGUGCCGCCAGAUCUGGGGGAUGUCCUUCUGGACACCAAUGAGGGGGAGAGCUCCACUGACAGCAGCAGCAGCAGCAGCAGCAGUGGGGAAGCCAGGGAUGAUCUGGACAAAGAAAUCUGUCCCGAUAUGAUGGCUGCAUGGGCCGUUGCAGAAGCCUUCCUGGAGGAGCUGCGUGACGUGCUCAAAGAGGACGAAAAAACCUCCAGGGAAGGAAACGAUGAUUCCAGCGACCCCUUCUGUCUCUCAUUCAUGAUGGAGGAGGAGAAAGAUCAGGGUGGGGGUGCCGAUGGCACCAAAAGUCAAUAAAACUGUCAACAAUAAUGAGCCUGGCCUUGGUGAUUCUUCUCCAGAAGGUUUAUAGAAAUGGAGAAGGACUUCUUUGCCCUGCAGGUCACUGCACGCUGGAACAGGUUGGCCAGUG